GGCAAAUUCCUGAAAGGAAAUCGAUAGACUUCAGCUUCAGAUCCUUGACGUCAGUCCCAGCCUUCAAGAGCGACGGCCUGGAAGAACUGAGACUAAAUAGAAAUAAAAUUACGAAUAUGGAGUUCGAGAAAUGGGCAACUCCCACAUUGAGGAUCCUUUUCCUCUGGGGCAAUUCCUUGACAUCAGUCCCAGCCUUCAAGAGCAACAGCCUGGAAGAACUCUACAUCAGUCAAAAUAAAAUCACGAAUGUGGAGUUCGACAAAUGGGCAACUCCCAAACUGAGGAUCCUCAAGCUAGCCAGCAAUUCCUUGACAUCAGUCCCAGCCUUCAAGAGCAGUAGCUUGGAUGAACUCGACCUCAGUCAUAAUAAAAUCACGAAUGUGGAUUUCGACAAAUGGGCAACUCCCAAAUUGAGGAAACUCUUUCUCCGUAACAAUUCCUUGACGUCAGUCCCAGCCUUCAAGAGCAAUAGCUUGGAAGAACUCGACCUCAGUUUUAAUAAAAUCAUGUAUGUGGAGUUCGACAAAUGGGCAACUCCUAACUUGAGGAUCCUAGUUCUCUGGGAAAAUUCCUUGACGUCAGUCCCUGCCUUCAAGAGCAACAGCCUGGAAAAACUCAACCUCGCUUCUAAUCAAAUCACGAAUGUGGAGUUUGACAAAUGGGCAACUCCUAACUUGAGGAUCCUAGCUCUCUGGGGCAAUUCCUUGACGUCCGUCCCAGCCUUCAAGUCCAACAGCGUGCAUGGCGGAUUUUCUGCUUCCAAGUCAACAGGAAGCAAAAAUCUUUGGACCAGCACGGAAGUGAACCUUCAACAUAAUAAGAUAGCUACGAUUGACGGGCGGGUUCUUCACCGGAUCCUGAAGGAAAUGUCCCAGGGAGAUGGUUUUCUCAGACUAGAUGACAAUCCCAUCAAGUGUGACUGUGCCUCAUACUGGUUGAAAUUCUCUCCCAAAAUGUUGGAGAAAGUUAGCGGGAAAUGCGAAAAUGGGACCGAUUUGCGAGACCUCGAUCUGAUUGAAUCAGGAGUGACAGGCUGCGAACCACCUCCUCACAUCAAAUACGGACGCUUCCAUUUUCUCUCAUGCUCAAAUGAAGAGGGGAGGUAUUAUACUCUGCGGGGUCCACGUGUUCGGACAUGUGUGGCGAAUGAAGAAUGGACUGGUCCUGACCCACUCUGUGAACCUGAGUGCGGCCGAAUAAAAAUACCUGGUGCAUCCACUCAGAGUUUGAUUAGUGGAGGAAUGGAAGCAGCUCCUGGGGCUUGGCCUUGGCAAGCGGCCAUCUACGAUGACCAUGAGAAAGAUAUAAUUUGUGGAGGAGCUCUGAUUGGAAGACAAUGGGUUCUCACUGCAGCACAUUGCGUCGUGGAUGACGACGACGUGAUUGCAGUUAGAGAUGUGAAUGAUUUAUUUGUCUAUCUCGGCAAGCAUCAUCGAAAUAUAUCCAUGGACAAUGAAGUGGCGCAAAAAAUGAAGGUGACACAGAUCAUUAUGCACGAGGAAUACAAACACUUGGAGCCUGACAUUGCCCUUUUGAAACUCCACGAUUCGGCUAAUAUCACAAAACGGGUUCAAUUGGUGACAGGUUGGGGAAUAGAUGCCUCAAACCGGGCAACAGAUGUCUUGACUGAGGUGCAGCUGACGGUCAUUCCACAACAUGAAUGCCGAAAUACAUUCGACGUCAUUGCGGAAACGCACCCUAGAACCAUCUCUAGGAACACAUUUUGUGCAGGAGAACUCAACUAUUCCUUCUCAUCCGGGAACGACGAUGAGAAAGAAUACAAGACGUUGUGCAAAGGGGAUUCGGGGAGUCCCAUGGUCUUCGCCUCUCAUAGUCUUUUGAAUAGUCAGUGGGUGAUCGAAGGAGUCGUCAGUCAUAUCUAUGAAAGGCCCGAACAAAAUUGCUCUAAUUAUGAACCUGGUCAUUAUGGUGCUUUCACAAGAGUCAAUAGAUAUGGCGACCCUCUGGUCACGUUUGCCAUCCAGGGGUACCACCUCUAUAUGGGAACUGGGACUAGGAAGGGGCUUCUCCCGGCGCUGGGAGGAGAUGUCCCAGCCUUCAAGGGCGACAGAAUGGAAGAACUCAACCUCAGUCGUAAUAAAAUCACGAAUUUGGAGCUCGACAAAUGGGCAACUCCCAAAUUGAGGAUCCUCUCCCUCUCUUCCAAUUCAUUGACCUCAAUCCCAGCCUUCAGGAGCGACAGCCUGGAAGAACUCUACUUCUAUAAUAAUAAAAUCACGUAUGUGGAAAUGGACAAAUGGACAACUCCCAAAUUGAAGAAACUCUGGCUGAACAACAAUUACUUGACCUCAGUCCCAGCCAUCAAGAGCGACAGGCUGGAAGAACUCAACCUCGGUGGCAAUAAAAUCACGAAUGUGGAGUUCGACAAAUGGGCAACUCCCAAAUUGAGGAUCCUCAAGCUCUCCGCCAAUUCCUUGACGUCAGUACCAGCCUUCAAGAGCGACAGCCUGGAAGAACUCGACCUUCAUCGCAAUAGAAUCACGAAUGUGGAGUUCGACAAAUGGGCAACUCCCAAAUUGAGGAUCCUCAGUCUCGGGGGCAAUUCCUUGACGUCAAUACCAGCCUUCAAGAGCGACAGCCUGGAAGAACUCGACCUCAGUUAUAAUAAUAUCACGAAUGUGGAGUUCGACAAAUGGGCAACUCCCAAAUUGAGGAAACUCAGUCUCGGGGGCAAUUCCUUGAUGUCAGUACCAGCCUUCAAGAGCGACAGCCUGGAAGAACUCGACCUUCAUCGCAAUGAAAUCACGAAUGUGGGGUUCGGCAAAUGGGCAACUCCCAAAUUGAGGGAACUCGGCCUCUCCAGUAAUUACUUGACCUCACUUCCAUCCUUCAAGUCCAACAGCGUGCGUGACGGAUUUCCUGCUUCCAAGUCAAAGGGGAGCUUUAAUCUUUGGACCAGCACGAAAGUGCACCUUCAACGUAAUAAGAUAGCUACGAUUGACGGGCGGGUCCUUCACCGGAUCCUGAAGGAAAUGUCACAGGGAGAUGGUUUUCUCUACCUAGAUGACAAUCCCAUCAAGUGUGACUGUGCCUCAUACUGGUUGAAAUUUUCUCCCGAAAUGUUGGAGAAAGUUAGCGGGAAAUGCGAAAAUGGGACCGAUUUGAAAAAUCUUGAUCUGAUGGAAUCAGGGGUGACAGGCUGUGAACCACCUCCUCGCAUCAAAUACGGACGCUUCAGUUUUCUCUCAUGCUCUAAUGAUGAGGGGAGUUCCAAAAUUGAAACAGAAUGUAUUCAAGAUAGGAGAUACCUCGUCGGGAGUAAAGUGAACUACACAUGUAAGCCGUAUUACAUUCUACGGGGUCCACGUGUUCGGACAUGUGGAGCGAAUGGAGAAUGGACAGGCCGUGAUCCCCUCUGUGAACCUGCACAUUGCGUCGUGGACAACUACAACGAAGUUCGAGAUGCGAAUGAUUUCUUUGUCUAUCUCGGCAAGCAUCAUCGAAAUAUAUCCAUGGACCAAAAAGUGGCCCAAGAAAUAAAGGUGAAGCAGAUCAUUGUGCAUGAUCAAUACACUGACUUGGAGCGUGACAUUGCCCUUUUGAAACUCUACGAUUCGGCUAAUAUCACGGAACGUGUUCAAUUGACGGUGUGCAAAGGAGAUUCCGGGAGUCCCAUGGUCUUCGCCUCUCAUAGUCUUCUGAACAGUCAGUGGGUGGUCGAAGGAAUCGUCAGUCAUAUCUACGAAAGACCGGGACAGAAAUGCUCUAAUUAUGAACCUGGCCAGUAUGGUGUUUUCACUAGAGUCAAUAGGUUUGUUCGCUGGAUCGAGGAGAUCAUGUCGAUGAACUCGUGAAGUCACGAGUGACGGUCCAUACCCUCCCAAUCGAAGCUAUUUUUCCCUGAGGUAUUUUUCGACGGCGAAACUGCAGUAAGAGAGGGGUAUUUCCAUGGUUUCUUGUCAUCAUCUGUUACUAGUUUCCUUCCAAAACUUUUUUCACCAUCCCUAUUUCACCCUUACCCUACCAUUUACCUCUCUUUUACCUGUAAUACUUCUGUUUUACAGUUCCGACCUUUCCACCUGCGCCUCACAUACAUAUUACAUUCAUUUAUCAUACACAGAUAUCAUAUAUCUUACCGACAAGGUAUCUUUCACUCCAAACUUACCUCAUCUUUCCAGAAUACUCUGAUGUGAUUCUCACCUUAUAUGAUGGGUGUUACAUUGGCACUGAGGUAAUGAUUACCAUAUGUUAAACGCAUCAGCCGUAUGCUUUUUUUGAUCCAAGAAUGACCUGCACGAGAGAUUCAUACCAUGGCAUUGUCUGCAUAAAUGUCUUCCAUUCAUUAUUUGCUCAUGACUUGACGACUUGAGAGGGCCUCUCCCAAGGAUCGCGAAGACAACCAUGGGAAUCUUCCCAUGGUUUUACCGGAAUUUCACCAUUAAGUCUUACCUUUUCUCAAGAUCCUGCUUGAGGAAGAAUUCUUUACCAUCUGCU